UCUCUCUCUCUCUCUCUCUCUCAUCACAACUCUCCUGUAUCACACAGUCAAGUCUCUCUCACCAAACCCUAGAGAGAUCACCACACACACAAAAAUGGCGAUCCGGCACCUCCUAUCCCUGUCCCGCCGCUCCGCCACCCGCUCCCUCCGAUCCCUCUCCACCGCCUCCGUCGUCGCCACCGCCACCGCAUCAAAACCGCUCCCCUCCCCUCCGCCACCGGACGCCAUGACCUACGACCGCCUCGCCCUUUCCGUCAACCAAAAGCUCAAGCUCCUCGACAACCCCGACCCCCGCUUCUUAACCCACAACUCCCCCCACCCAACCCUAGCCGACCACACCCCCAUCCUCUCCUCCCCCCUCACCCGCAUCACCAUCCUCCCCUCCGGCCUCCGCGUUGCCACAGAGUCCGACCUCGCCUCCAAGACUGCCACCGUCGGCGUCUGGAUCGAUGCGGGAUCCCGCUUCGAGACAGACCAGACCAACGGCACCGCACACUUUUUAGAGCACAUGAUAUUCAAGGGGACCGAGAGGAGGAGCGCGAGGGAGCUCGAGGAGGAGGUGGAGAACAUGGGGGGCCACCUCAACGCAUACACGUCGAGGGAGCAGACCACGUUCUACGCCAAGGUGAUGGAUAAGGAUGUUCCUAAAGCGCUGGAUAUACUGGCGGAUAUACUGCAGAAUUCGAGGUUUGAUGACAAUCGGAUUAAUCGGGAGCGUGAUGUGAUUCUCAGGGAGAUGGAGGAGGUUGAAGGGCAAACCGAGGAAGUUAUUUUCGACCAUUUGCAUGCAACUGCUUUCCAGUACACGCCUUUGGGAAGAACCAUUCUUGGACCUGCUCAAAAUAUCAAGACAAUCACCAAAGAGGAUCUUAAGAAUUAUAUAUCGACACACUACACUGCAAGUAGAAUGGUAAUUGCUGCUUCAGGAGCUGUGAAGCAUGAGGACAUUGUUGAGCAAGUGAAGAAAUUGUUUACCAAGCUGUCAACAGAUCCAACUAUAGCUUCUGAAUUAGUUGCUAAAGAACCAGCGAUUUUUACAGGUUCUGAGGUUAGGAUAGUAGAUGACGAUAUGCCUUUGGCACAAUUUGCGGUUGCUUUCAAUGGGGCUUCUUGGACAGAUCCAGAUUCAAUUGCUUUGAUGGUUAUGCAAUCUAUGUUGGGAUCAUGGAAUAAGAAUGCAGGUGGUGGAAAGCACAUGGGCUCCGAGCUUGCACAGAGGGUUGGCAUUAAUGAGAUUGCUGAAAGUAUGAUGGCAUUUAACACCAACUAUAAAGACACUGGACUUUUUGGAGUUUAUGCCAUUGCUAAGCCGGACUGCUUGGAUGAUUUGGCUUAUGCAAUUAUGUACGAGAUAAGCAAGUUAUCUUAUCGAGUUUCUGAAGCUGAUGUCACUCGUGCUCGUAACCAGUUGAAAUCUUCUCUGAUGCUUCACAUAGAUGGAACCAGUCCUGUUGCUGAAGAUAUUGGGCGUCAGCUACUUACAUACGGCAGAAGAAUCCCAUUCACUGAAUUGUUUGCCAGGAUUGAUGCUGUAGAUGCCAGCACUAUCAAACGCGUUGCAAACCGUUUUAUUUUUGACCAGGAUGUUGCCAUCGCUGCCAUGGGGCCUAUCCAGAGUUUACCUGACUACAACUGGUUCAGGCGCAGGACCUACUGGCUCCGUUACUAGCUGGGCGGGCAGUGAAUGUUUCACUUGUUAUUUUCUCUAUCCCUGGCUUUUUUACCCACCGCGACUCCCUGGGGAUGAGGAUAGAGCCAUUUUGAUCGUCGACUUUUAGCUUUUGACAAUUCUUUAUAACGAACAUGCCUAGUUUGUAUUCAAAAUGAACCGGCAUAGUGUCAUGUUGUUCGUGGCUUACGGUAUGGAGUUUGGACUAGGACAUCUCUUUAUUAAUUGUUGCCGUUUGCAUUUCA